UCAAUCCACCAAAUCACCGGCUCAAUUGCUUAUCGCCCUCCCAAAUCACAUCAUUCUCCUACGGGGAUUCUCUUCUGAUCGGACUCCUCGCAGGCGCCUCGACACUCUCAUCCGUCGACUUUGGCUCCUUCUUUCCCAGUUGGUGUCAGGUCUCUCCAUCUCUCUCUCAGUACGCUGAAGAUAAUGGGCAGCGGGAGUAGGAGAGAACGUUCUCGUAGGUCAAGGCGAAGUUCGGACGAUUCUGAAUCUGAAUCAUCUUUCCUGUCCGAUGAGUCAGGUAGCCGUCAAUCAUCGCCCGAAAGGGGCUCUGACAAGCGCCGGAGUAGUCAUCGUAGUCGUAGCAGUAGUCGGCGGUCGCAGCGUCGGAGCGCACCAGCCGAGCAGGACUCAGAUGAUAGUGACCAACGGAGUCGCAAGAAGAAAAGCUCCUCGAGGAUCAUUACUGAAGAAGAAAUACAAGAGUACUUGGCGAAAAAGGCUCAGAGAAAGGCAAUGAAAGUUGCAAAAAAAUUGAAAACCCAUACUGUCUCGGGUUAUGCGAACGAUUCAAAUCCAUUCGGUGAUUCUAAUCUCAAUGAGAAAUUUGUCUGGAGAAAGAAAAUAGAGCGAGAUGUUUCUCAAGGUAUUCCGCUCGAUAAUUUUUCGGUCAAGGCUGAGAAAAAGAGACAGAGAGAAAGGAUGGCAGAAAUUGAAAAGGUGAAGAAAAGAAGGGAAGAAAGGGCGCUUGAGAAAGCACAACAUGAGGAAGAAAUGGCAAUAUUAGCCAGAGAACGUGCUCGAGCUGAGUUCCAGGACUGGGAAAAAAAGGAAGAAGAGUUUCAUUUUGACCAAAGCAAAGUCAGGUCAGAGAUUAGAUUGCGUGAAGGGCGUGCCAAGCCAAUUGAUAUCCUAACCAAACACCUCAGUGGAUCAGACGACUUGGAUAUUGAAAUAAAUGAACCAUACAUGGUUUUCAAGGGCUUGACUGUGAAAGAAAUGGAAGAGCUUCGUGAUGAUAUCAAAAUGCAUCUUGACCUUGACAGGGAGACACCAACCCACGUGGAAUACUGGGAGGCACUCCUUGUGGUAUGUGAUUGGGAGCUUGCUGAAGCUCGUAAAAAGGAUGCUCUUGAUCGAGCUAGGGUGCGUGGGGAAGAACCACCUGCUGAGUUGCUUGCCGAAGAAAGAGGUCUGCAUGCCAGUGUUGAGGCAGAGGUGAAGAAUCUCUUGCAAGGGAAGACAUGUGCUGAAUUAGAGGCUAUGCGAGUGCAUAUAGAGUCUCAAAUGAGUAGUGGUACAGCGAAAGUGGUUGAGUAUUGGGAAGCUGUUUUAAAACGCCUCCACAUAUAUAAGGCCAAGGCUACUUUAAAGGAAAUCCAUGAAAAAAUGUUACGGAAGCAUUUGCAACGCCUUGAGCAACCAUUGGAGGGUGAGCACAAAUUGGAGAAUGCUUAUGAUUCAAAAUCUGAAGUGGAGGAUAUUCAGGAUGAUGUUAAAGUUCAAUCAGUAGAUGAAACAUAUUCACCAGAACCCAUGAAAGGAGAGGAUCAAGAAGCUGAAGAUGAGCCCGGGUCCUUUUCACCAGUACUGUUGCAUGGUGAUGAAAAUGAGGAAGCUAUUGAUCCUGAAGAGGAUAGGGCUGUCCUGGAGCGUAAACGUAUGGCUGUAAUGGAGGAGCAGCAAAGACGAAUCCAAGAAGCAAUGGCAUCAAAGCCUGCUCCAUCUGAAGAUAAUUUUGAGAUGAAGGCUAUGAAAGCUAUGGGAGCCAUGGAAGAAGGAGAUGCACUUUUUGGCUCUGGAGCUGAAGUGAACCUAGAUUCACAGGUUUAUUGGUGGCAUGACAAAUACCGGCCCAGAAAGCCAAAAUAUUUUAACCGUGUCCACACUGGAUAUGAGUGGAACAAAUAUAACCAGACUCACUAUGAUCAUGACAACCCACCUCCAAAGAUUGUACAGGGAUAUAAAUUUAAUAUUUUCUAUCCAGACCUUGUAGACAAGACUAAGGCCCCAACCUACACUAUUGAGAAGGAUGGCAGCAAUGGUGAGACAUGCAUCAUAAGAUUCCAUGCAGGGCCUCCAUACGAGGACAUAGCUUUCCGAAUUGUGAACAAAGAAUGGGAAUAUUCUCACAAGAAAGGGUUUAAAUGUACAUUUGAGCGUGGAAUUUUACAUGUGUACUUCAACUUCAAACGCUACCGUUACCGCAGAUAAUUUUAGGUGCUGGUUUGCUGGGAUUAUGCCAAUGGUGCGGGCAGUGGAGAUAUAUGUCUUGGGCAAUUGACGGCUUGCAGACUCUUUUUUUUUUUUUUUUUUGGGUAAGAGUUCCCAGCUAGUAUCCAGAUUUGUCAUAGGAUUGUAGAUGAUUUAAAAGUUAAAUGGAAACAUCUUUUGGUUGUAGAAAUGUAUGUUCUAAGUCUUCAGGCAGAAACGAUUUAACAUCUGUUAGUUUGGGUCUGUUUCAUUCAGACCUUAAUUCAUUGUUACACCAAUUGUAUAAUUUUGUACAAAGGGCAGUGCUCCUUUUAAUAUAUAUGGUGAUUUUGGGGUAAUAUAAAUUUUCACCUUUCUUUUGGGCGAAAAAAAAUC